AUGUUUUCCCCUUCUGUUUAAUAUUUCCCCUUCGUUCGCACGACAUUAGGCGGAGCAUAUUUAUAUGUGUGAGAGCAUAAGUGUGAGGUCGAUAAGAUAGUUAUUUUCUAAACCGUCUUAGCCUUAUCACCAUAAAAAUAUAAACAUAACCCUUGCUGUAUAAAUAUAAGUAUCAGUAAACAUGUAGUAUAAACAUUAUAAAAAUAGAUGCUUAUUUAGUUAAUUAAUAAUUAUUCUAAUAUUACUCAUCAUCCUUAAGUCUCAGUGCAUAAUGUCAGAUAACUUAACUCAUCAAGUUGCUCAAAAACAGCUAAUUUUGGAAAAUAAGCCUUCCUGUCGCUUAACACUUCAACAAAAACUCGAUAUUAUUAAGCUGCUCGAUGAAAAUCACUCAAAAACUGACAUAGCUGAUCAAUACGGAGUAACAAGAACUGCAAUUUACAAAAUAUAUAAAGCUCGUGACAAGAUACUAAAUAAUAAUAAUAAUAAUGUUACUUGUGAUAAUAUCGAUAAUUAUUAUGAUAAAAAAUUGUUUGAUCAAAAAGCAUUAGAAGCAGUUAACAUAUUACAACACUGGCAUCAAAUCAAUUGUGAUUUUAACAAUCAAGAUGUUAUUAAUGAUUGUAAAGUUUUAGAUAGUAACUUUAAACAAUUAAUAUAAAAUAUGUGUCAAUUGUAUUUAAUUCUGACAAAUUUUAAAAGUUAUCAAUAUAAAACGAAUAUUUAAAUUUCCCGGGCACUAUUUCAGUGUAUUGGUGAGUAACCACUCUUUGGAUUCAUUGGUUCAUAAAAAAUAAGCCACGCCUCUUUACGAUCUACUUUGAAUAGUUUCCUACCCCCGAGACCGAAACUUUAUAGAAAGUUUACUGUAAAUGAUAACAAUUAUUAUGGAAAACUUGUCAAAAUAUAAUCUUUCUUGGUUGUGAUAAUAACAUCCAAAAAAGGAUUCAUAAAAAGCGUUAAGGAUUAGAUAACUGUCUUUAAAAGUGUGACAAUCAGCGAGCUAAAACAGCAAUAGCCAUUGCUGCUGCUCCAAGAGUUGGUGAAAGAGUUGAAACAAAGAUCACCAACAUCAUAGUAUGUGGAAUAAUUGGUUAAGCUUAAGCUUUUUGUUUUUGUAAUCAAUGAUAAGUUAACCAUCGCAGUUUUAAACUCCAAAAUGUUCAAGAACUUUUCUCGUAUGGUUGUAAAAAAACGUGACAGAGCGAGGAUGUCUGCUAAAAAAUUGCUGAGACUUGAUAAGGUAUACAAAUCAUUGAAAAAACCAGGGCGUUGCAAAGAAAAGGAAAAAUCGUCUAGUGGAGUAACAGUUGGUUACAGUGCCUUCUUUCUGCUCAGCUGGAUCAUAGCAAUCUUUUAAAAAAUUCGGGCUCCAACUUAAACACUAGUUGCGGUGCAAGUUGGACGUCAUUAAUGUCUAUCACUAUUUGUUACCACAACAUAAUUUAGGCUGCACUGAUAAAUCGUUUGUCACCAUGAAAUUACCGAAAAAUGAUGACGGUGUUAUUAACGUUCCACUGCUGUGUUCACAAAUUCGUGGUAGACAAAUAAUUGAUGCAAUGCGUCUUCACAAAGUCGGAUUUCUAACGUAUUUACCAUUCGGUAAAUUCAGGCGCCGCUUUGGAUUACUUUUUAAUGAUUAUGCGGCUAAUGUACGCUCAUCAAGUCCUGUCGAAGACGAACGUAGAGUUGUGACAGACAUGCUAUUGACUAUGGACGUUGACGCUGCAUCUUACCGCGUUGGUCAGAGUCAGAUAUUCUUCAGAGCCGGUGCUUUAGAGCGAAUUGAGUCUCAACGAGAUGAAAAGUUGACGGGCCCUAUUGUGCUUUUGCAAGCAAGAUGUAGAGGGUACUUGGCGCGUAAAAAACUUAAUACAUUAAAGCUGACCCGGUGAACUUCGUAUCACCUAUAAUAUAUUUUACACCUUUCGAUCAGCGAUUACUGAUCUUUAAACUCUAAAUCUUAUAAAUCUCUAAAUCUUAUAAAUCUCUAAAUCUUAUAAAUCUCCAAAACUUAUAAUCUACUUCGAUGAAGAAUAAAUAAUAAAGAAUAAACACAGCCUUUAUUAAAUGUUCAUCGCACCGAAGAUCAGUUGAAAGCACGAACGGAAAAGCUAGAGUAGUUGAGAGCUAAAGUUGAAAAACUGGAACAAAAAAGAAAUCAUCUGAAGCACGACAAUGUCAAAUUGGAAGCUAAAAUUAUCAGAAGACAGAACUUUGUCUAAGUGUGAUGAUGAGCUGAGUGUAUUGACUGCUGAUUACGCGGAUGAGCACUCGACCUCGACAUUGGCAGCUGAGCGGAUAGACGCCGAAACCUCAGAGCGACUUCGCUUGGAACGUCAACUCGAAGAUGUUACUGAGACAAAUAAAACGCUCCAGCAAACUACUGAUAGAUUGGAAAUGGAGCUCCUCUAUGCGAGGGCUACUGAUUUAAAUCAAAUUACUCUCGGUGGAGAGGACAAUAAUCAAGAGGAUUGCGGUAUUUAUAAACAGAGAUACGAACACGCUAUCCGUGAGUUGAAAUUUACUAAAAGAAAAAUGGCUCAACAGCAUGAGGAUGAUUUGGAGCAGCUUGUCAAUCUCAAAAAACAGUUGGAGAAAAAGCUUGCUGAUGCUUACGAGGAAGUCGAGAAGCAACCGCAGGUAGUCAGUCAGUGGAAACGAAGAGUCCAAAAACUUAAUGGCGAGAUUCAUGACUUACGGCUGCUUCUUGAAGAACAGAUUGCCCGUAAUAAUUUAUUGGAGAAGAAACAGCGGAAUUUUUUUUUUAGAGAGGCUCAGCAUUGCUGGAAUAUCUCUCAACCACAGGGUUGGAAAUCCUGAACGUAGGAUCCAAACCUACUUUUGUCACUUCUCGAAGACAAGAAGUGAUUGAUUUAACACUGGGCUCUCGUAAGAUAGCACAAAUGGUCACA